GCAUGCGCAGGAUAAGGCUACGUCAGCCCUCCUGCUCCUCCUCUCAGCUGAGCUACGUGGCCUUCACUUCUCCGCUCUCUUCUCAACAAAUCGCACGCAACACACAGACAUCAUGGACCAGGUGAUGCAGUUCGUCGAGCCCAGCCGGCAAUUUGUCAAGGACUCAAUCAGGCUCGUCAAAAGAUGCACAAAGCCAGACAGAAAAGAAUUUCAAAAGAUUGCCAUGGCGACAGCAAUCGGGUUUGCCAUCAUGGGUUUCAUUGGAUUCUUUGUUAAGCUCAUCCACAUCCCCAUCAACAACAUCAUCGUUGGAGGUUAAAUCCUGGCCGAUCUGAAACACCAAUUUCAAAAUCUGGGGCGAGGAGGUGGAGCGGCGAUGUGUGUCAACGGGGACUGAAGGGGUGGAAUUUUUACAUUCUGUGCACCACAUUUAUUUUUCACAGUGUAAAUAAAACAAUUGAAAACCCAAA